GAAAAGUUCCGUUUAUCUUAUUAAGUUAUUGAUUUGAGCAAAUCUUAUUUAAUUUUUUGUUGAACUUAGUGUUAAAAUGUUUGUAUUCAUUCUGUUUUAAAACGGAAAUGUGAUAAAGUUUUAUGCAUAUGCAUAUACACGUAUAUCUGUAUAUUCGGAUAUGUUUGUGCGCACAAAUGUAAAAGAAUGGAAGGCCGAAUUAUUUAUCCUCAUGCAUCUACCGUAUUUGCUGCUAUUUGCGCUAGCAUUUUCACUGUAAUUGGAAUAUUUGGCAACUUGGUUACUAUCAUUGCACUACUGAAAUGCCCUAAAAUAAGAGGGCAUGCAACUACAGCUUUUAUUUUGUCGCUCAGCGUGUCGGAUCUUUUAUUUUGCUCUAUUAGCUUACCUUUGACUGCAGUUAGAUUUUAUGAAGAAAAAUGGACUUUUGGGGAAACACUUUGCAAAAUAUUUCCAGUAAUAUUUUACGGUAACGUAGCCGUAUCUCUUCUGAGCAUGGUGGGAAUCACUCUUAAUAGAUAUAUACUGAUCGCUUUUCAUUCGAUAUACGUACAAAUAUAUAAACGCAGUUAUAUUUUACUUCAACUCUUUUUUAUCUGGUCCACAUCGUUCUUAUUACUUCUACCACCCAUACUAGGAAUUUGGGGAGAAAUGGGACUCGACGAAGCUACAUUUUCCUGUACCAUUUUAAAGAAAAAUGGAAGAUCGAUAAAGAAAACGUUAUUUUUAAUCGGGUUUCUUUUGCCAUGUAUAGUCAUAAUAGUGUCAUACUCCUGUAUUUAUUUAACGGUACUGCGACAAAAAAGAAAAAUGGAAACCCAUAGAAACUACAAAGCUACUUCGAGUGAAUCUGUGUUGACGACUCGAAAGCACAAGGAAGACAACAGAUUAACGGUGAUGAUGGUUUCCAUUUUCGGCUGUUUCCUUGGUUGCUUUUUACCUUUAAUGCUGGCAAAUGUGGUCGACGACGAACGAAAAACGAACUACCCCUGGUUUCAUAUUGUGGCGUCAGUUAUGGCUUGGGCAUCCAGCGUAAUUAACCCGAUUAUAUACGCAGCAAGCAAUAGGAAUUACAGGAUAGCAUAUUACAACACUCUAAAACAUUUCAAAUUUUGGGGCAAACCAUUGUCUUCAAUUCAUAGCAGGAGCGUGCAUCCAAGCAAAAAUGAGGACUACACGGGACCCAUCAGGAGUAUACCUUUGUUCCAAGUGAACAAUGAUAAGAAUGUGAAUAAUUUGUGCCAAACAUAUUCAGUAUAAGAAUUUAGAAUGAUUUUAUAGUAUUAUACAUACAAUACAUAUACAUAUAUACAUAUUUAUAAAGUAGACGUGGAAUAUUUUUGUCUUAAGCAUAUUGCCUGCCGAUGAAUUCCAAUUAAAAGAAUAUUUAAUUUUAUAAACAA